AGAGUUUAGUGUGUGUUUUUCGCAGAACAACAUGACUUCCCGAAAUCCAGCUUCGAAUCAGCUACUUGAAUUUUCAAGCAAACAAGGGACUAAACCCGAGUCAAUCACAACAUCUGGAGGUAAUCCAGUAUCAGAAAAAGAUGCCAGCCUUACGGUUGGUUAUCAUGGACCUACUUUACUUCAAGAUUGGGUGUUAAUAGACGAACUCGCACAUUUUAGUAGAGAAAGGAUUCCCGAGAGGGUUGUACACGCAAAAGGGGCAGGAGCUUUCGGAUAUUUUGAGGUCACCCAUGACAUUACAAAAUAUACGGCAGCUAAAGUGUUUUCGGAAAUUGGAAAGAAGACACCUAUAGCUGUGAGAUAUUCUCAAGUAGCUGGGGAAAUGGGUUACUCUGAUACUGUGAGAGACUUUAGAGGAUUCGCUAUUAAAUUUUACACAGAAGAUGGUAUAUGGGACUUAGUUGGAAAUAACUUUCCUGUAUUUUUCGUUAAAGAUGCUGCAUUAUUUCCUACUUUUAUUCAUGUAUUGAAAAGAAAUCCAACCACUCAUAUUAGACCUGAUUACGAUAUGUUUUGGGAUUUCAUAACUCUUCGUGAAGAAUCUAUGCAUUCUGUGUUAAUGAUGUUCGCUGAUAGAGGGAUUCCAGACAGUUAUAGAAAGAUGCACGGAUACGGUGCCAAUACGUUUGCUUUUGUAAAUGCCCAUGGGAAAGUUGUUUACUGCAAAUUUCAUUAUCUAACGAAUCAGGGUAUCGGAUACCUAAAAUCAGAUAAAGCUGAAAAGUUAGCUGGAUCAGAUCCUGAUUAUCUCAUAAGAGACCUUUAUAAUGCUAUAGAAAGUGGAAAAUAUCCUUCCUGGAAUAUGUAUGUUCAAAUUAUGACCGUAGAACAGGCCGCUAAAAGCACUUAUGAUCCAUUCGAUGAUUCCAAGGUAUGGCUGCAUGCAGAUUAUCCUCUAAUUCCAGUUGGAAGGUUUGUUUUGAACAAGAACCCUACAAAUUAUUUUGCUGAGGUAGAGCAGAUCGCUUUCGAUGUAUCACAUUUGAUUCCAGGUAUUGAACCAUCUCCCGAUAGAAUGCUUCAAGGUCGGUUGUUUAAUUAUGGUGACACCCAUCGGUACCGUUUAGGGGUAAAUAAUACCCAGCUACCAGUUAACAGCCCAUUCAAGGUGAAUAACUAUCAACGCGAUGGUAGAAAUUCACUUCAAAGUCAAGGCGGAGCACCCGUAUAUCAUCCAAAUAGUUUUAAGGGACCUGAAGAAGAUAAGAGAGCGAAGGCUUUGUCUCCUAUUUGGCCAUUAGUCGGAGAUGCUCAACGACUCGACAAUGGAAAUGAUGACAACUAUACGCAACCACGAUUACUCUACCAGAGAGUUUUGAAGCCGUUAGAGCGAGGACGACUGAUUGAUAACAUUGUUAGCUGGUUACAAUAUGCUAACAGCGUUCUUCAAGAAAGAGCCAUCAUCAAUUUUUCUAAAGUCGAUGAAGAUCUUGGAAGAAGAAUUCGGGAAAGUCUUCACAGUAAAAGUCAUGCACAAGUUGAUUUGUAAAUUUCGAAAUUGACAAUAAAAGGUGUAAUCGAAA